AUGUCGGCCACCAUAACGGAUAAUCCCAUUACCAUCUCUUCCCGCCAAACACUGGCCGAAUAUGACAUUCAUCACACUGGUGACGACAGGGGAAUGAAUGAUAUGAUAGUACCGCCGAAUACCUCAAAUAUACCAGAGAACGUCAAUAACCCCUCGUCCUGGCCUCGAGAUCAGUACCGAAUACCAAAUUAUCGACCUAUAAAUCAGCAUCUGAUUGCUGCAGAGCGACCAAAUGGAAGUAAUGGCGCAGAAAGGGUUUUCAUUACUUUGAUGUUCACAGGAGUCUCAUUGAAUGCGGGAGCGGCCCAAGUAUGGGGUAUGACAGGAGGGAAAGUUUUUACACGAGUGUUUCGAUACGCUAUCGGUGGAAAAUGGUGA